UGUGCUGUCACACAAAGGUUCCGUUUGUCAAAAUCUAAUAUUAACCGUGCUUUACAAGUGCCAAACAUGUGCCUCGUGGAGAAAUAUGUGACAAUGAUACAAUGUUAACAAUAAUUUCCCGGCGUGACACAGGAUAUCAUGGAGUUGAAUCUGUCUGCUCCUCCCAAACUUUGCAAACGAUUGCAGCUUUCCUCGUCACACAGAUAGUUGUGAUUGCUGCUGGGGGAAGAGAGCGGUUGGGUACUGUUACCUUCUCAGCACAAUUAUGCACGUUUAAGUCAUGUAAGAAGCUCUGUAAUGUCAAAAGAACAGGAUAAAGAUACCUUCUCGCUCAAAAGAAACCGAGGUAGAGAUGGUGGGCUUGAUGAUCUAGGAGGGCCGGGUGUUCUGCUGGAUAGCCCAGACAAGAAAAAGUGCAAGUCGAACGCACAGGCCCAUUUCUUCGCUCCCCUAUCUGAGUAUGCUCCACCACCAAACCGAAGUGCUGACCACCUAGUGGCUACCAAUCCUUUUGAUGACAACUACAACACACCAUCUUUCAAGCCUCUGUCCUCUGGGAACCCAUAUUUUGGCCACCCACACUACCCUGGCUGCAGUGGCUAUGGCCUGCCCAGGAUGGACCACCUCAUGCCCAAUAGGAUGCCCUCUUCUUACAGGGGUCCCUACCAGAUACGAAACCAGCUCCACCCUUUUGCCCAGACUCAAAUGGGCAUGGGGUUCAAUCGACCCCCUGACUUUAACUAUGGUUACCAUGAAAAUCCCAAUUAUGGUAACCAUCCACCAUUAAGCAACAACCGUAACAUGCCACUUCAUGACAACUUGAAUCAGGUGCAUCUGCAUAAUGUGACCCAAAGCACUUCUCCUGACAUGGGCCUGAGCUUUAGAUCAGCAGUCAAUCCAAUUGGGAAUCCACCUCCCCAACCCGGCAUGGACCCUAGUCCUGGUUUUACUCGGCAACAGCAAAACAACAGCUUUACCCAGUCCAAUACACCGACACCUAAACAGGACAUGAGUGAGGUGGUGUCAAGCAAAAGUACAUCCCAGAACACAUCUCCACGGAAACGAAGCCAUGGCUCAGAGGAGAUCAUGGGUCAGAAAAACUCUGUCGACCUGAAAUCAAAGAAUAGAGGCGCCCUGGUCUGUCAGGGUGCAGGUCAGCCUAACACCACAGAGAAAAUCAACGGCAUCAUCCACCCCAAUAAUGAUUCCCUGAAGAAGUCCCCACAGUCAGGCAGGCACAUGGAGGCAGCCCCCCUGGAGCGGAGUAGAAGCAAUGGAGGUGGUGGUGUGGUCAUCAAUAAGACACUGAUGCAUCCCAACAGGCCUAGCCACUCCUCCACAGAGCCUGUGUUUCCAUGUGGAAUAUGCCUGAAUGAAGUGAAUGAUGACCAGGAAGCUAUCCUGUGUGAGGCCUCGUGUCAAAAAUGGUUCCACAGGGUUUGUACUGGAAUGACUGAGACAGCUUAUAACCUGUUGACAGCAGAGGUGUCGGCAGUGUGGGGCUGUGACAUCUGCAUGGAGGAGAAAGGGGCACAGCUCCAUAGAUCAAAGGAGGUAACAGGGCAGCCAGCAGGGCAGCAGCCAACAGUUAACAGCGAGUGAUAUGGUCAUGAAUAUGGGCCGUCAGUAACAUUAUUCUAUCUUACACUGGUAAUUUUCUUUGGUAUGCUUCCUUUGUAGGUGAUUUUUCCUUACGUUUUUACAAAGGGUUACAUUUUUACCAUUUUGUUGUUUUAUUUGAUAUUUGGUAUAAUUUGGAUAGCAGUUUCUGUCCCGUGCUUAGACCGAUGCAAAAGCUAGACUGAAGUUCUGUUUAAUGUCAUAUGUAUUCCCUAUUAUUGGGCAGGUACCAUUGGCCAUGUUGACCACAAUAAUGCCAUUCUCUUAACGAGGUCCUUACUGUUCCUCUCAACUUUCCUGGCCUAUAGUUUAUUUAAGCUAUUACAACAUCAGUAUGAGUAAGCUAUCCGGAAAGGUUAACUGAUUGACGGAUGCAAAUGCAUUCAACGUUUUAAUCCGAUAUGUUUUGCAACUGCUGUUAUAGUUUGACAGAUUUUGAGCAGUAUGAUUGUUUCCCAAAAACUUGAUAGUCACAGCUGGGGUGGUGUUCCAAAGCCAUACACCUGUACUGUAUGCUAUACAACCAGAUUUGGAUCUGAUACAUUUUUUAGAAAUGAUUCGAUACAUGUGGGUCGUUCCACAAAUUUGAUGCCUUUUGAGAUGUAUAAAAAAAAUGUUUGACAGUAACAGGGUUGAAGAUGUCAUCUUAAAAUCAGCCAUAAAUUCCCUCGUGACAGGGGAAAUGGAUGUUGUGUGUGCAACAGUGAGGGGCAAUUGAAUGCAAGCUUUAAAAAAAACGUAUAAAUGUUCAAACAUUUUUAGCCUGUCUAAUCUAGGGUUGAUGUGUUAUGCUCGACCCACUCGGUUUCCCACCACAAAACACUAUUAGAUGUUCAAAAUGUAUUUUGUAAAAUAUUUUUUUUUAAAGGAAUCAUUUCACAAUAUUAAAACAAAAGUUCAGUUCAUGUAACAGGGUUGGCCUUAAAAUGAAGGCCAGGGUUUUUUUUACCUUAAAAAUAAUCACCAAUCACAUUAAAUAAAUAAUCUUCAGAAAUUACUUCGUCAAAGCAACAAAAUAACUAGGGGUUUACAACUUGGAUAAAUCUUAAGGUUUCGUGGGUUAAUAUCUCCCUGGAAGUCAGAGAGUGCACAGAGGAACAUGUCAAAAUUGUGGCACUUUAGCAAGUCUUUAUUCAUAUUAAAAAUCAGAUAUGUUGAAUUCUCCAUGUGGUUUAUAUUAAAGGGCACUUUGAAUAUAACAGGCUUUUAAAAUUCAAUAUUGGUGCACAAUUUCUAAUUAAAAUAUCAAAGGGAUGCAAAAGGCACUAAUUUCGUGGAACAAUCCAUGUGUGUUUUUCAAACUGUUGAUAUUGAAUGUAUUUAGAGCCUUAAUGAAUUUAGUUUGUAAAACAUUAUGCAGAAUCAAAUCAAAUGUAUGUAUAUAGCCCUUCGUACAUCAGCUGAUAUCUCAAAGUGCUGUACAGAAACCCUGCCUAAAACCCCAAACAGCAAGCAAUUCAGGUGUAGAAGCAUGGUGGCUAGGAAAAAUUCCCUAGAAAGGCCAAAACCUAGGAAGAAACCUAGAGAGGAACCAGGCUAUGAGGGGUGGCCAAUCCUCUUCUGGCUAUGCCGGGUGGAGAUUAUAACAGAACAUGGCCAAGAUGUUCAAAUGUUCAUAAAUGACCAGCAUGGUCAAAUAAUAAUAAUCACAGUAGUUGUCGAGGGUGCAGCAAGUCAGCACCUCAGGUGCUGAUCAGUUGAAACUGGAGCAGCAGCACGGAUUAAGCUCAUUUAAAUUAACCUAUUAUAUAAAAGACAUGUUAUACUCUAAAAAUAUGUUUUUAGCAUGUGUGCACUUUGCUUUGCUCUAAUUGUAUUAUUUUUGCGCCAACAUGAUGCAUUUAAAUCAACAUUUCUUUAUAUUUUGUUUUCAUUUUAGGAAAGGUAAAAUAAUAUGAUAAUUAGUAACAAGAGACAUUCUUACUGCAUAAAGGGAAAAUAACCUUGGUUCAAAAUAAAACUUCUUUGUCAAAUUAUAGUUUCAAGCAUGGCUUCCAUUUUUGCUACUAGGGAAGGCAGUUUUAGAAGUAGUUUAAAGUAAACUAAAUAUAUUUUCAAAUGGUUUGAUUUUCUCAUGUAGAUUUGUCUUACUGUUUGGAGAACUUUUCAUUAAGUUCGAUAUUGCAAUAUUUUGGUGAUUCAACUAUUUUCUAAAUUUCCCGCCUACUUUCUAUGGGAGGACAUUGCUCAAGUUAGGCUUCGGCCCAUCAGACAUAAAUAUUGGUAGUUGAUAUUGAUCAGAAAUUUGUUUUCAUAUUGUCAGUCAUUAAAAAAAAAAAUCUUCUAUAAAACAAAUCAAAACUACUGAUCAAAACGACUCAACUUUUUUAACUACUCAAUGUGGCAUUGUGAAUGUAUACAGUACUGUGCUCAAUUUUGUAUAAUGUAAUUGUAUCAUUGUUUGCUUCCUUUUUGAACUGGUAUGAACGAGCAGUUAAUAUUUACUGUUAAUUCAGUUCUAACAUCAGGAUCAACAGCCGUACAAGUGUUUUGAUACAUCAUCACUUCCAGAUAUUUUGCUUAAUAUAUCAAGUGAAACAACUGCAUUUGUAUGUUGUUGACUGUUAAUUGUUUUGCCAUUUGUGAUGUAGCUGAAUAUUGUGUGAUCAAAAUAUUGAUAAUGUUUAUAGGAAUAAUAUAUUAUUUUCCCAUUCCAAAUGAAUUGAUAAUGGUUUUGAAUCCAGUUUUAUUCGAUUUAACACAAAAAUGGUCAUGUACCAACAUUUUAUUUCAUUUCAGAAGUACAUUCCUUACAGAAUAACAACUCCACUUACAUAUCUCGUUGUUUGCAAAGUGCAGUUAGCUUGAUUUUCAAGUUCAUUUUUAAAUACUAGAUGAUUGACAGCAGAUGCCUUAUUUUCUUGACAGUUUAAAAUGUUGUUUAUUAGUAAAUGUAAUGUAUGAAUAACCUGUAUGCUCACUGCACAUGAACUGUUUGUACUUUUCCUACAUCGAUUGGCCACCAAAAAGGAUAUUAUUUUCAGACGAGCACCUUAUUAUAUUACCUUUAGAAUAUUGAAUGUACCGGUACAUGAUAUCAAAUGUUAAUUUCAGUCAUAAUUACAACAAUGUUAUUGUGGUUUUAUGAAAAUUAUGCAGAGGUAUAUAAAAAAAAAAGGCAAACAACUCAAUUGUGAGGUCUGGUAGUAGAUUAGAUAUGAGCCUCUGUAGCAUGAACAAUAUGGUUUAAUUUCUUCAAUGACCCAAAGCUUAAUUUGUUUUGUAUUCUGUUCUUUAUAAUGAAUGUAUGCAGUAAUAGUACAGAUUCCAAACUUUUUUUCUAAAUUGACAAACAUUUUAUUGUAAAACUUAUUUUAAUAAAAACAACUUUGAAAUCGUG